CAGAGGAGGGCUUGCCAGGAAACUGCCAUACAAAUAGAUCAUGUUCAUUCACUUUUUCAAGCUCACUGCAAAAACGAAGCAUUCUGCCAAUCCAUGUUGUUGCUUGUUGGGUUGCUUUGAAGUGUCACAAGAUUACAUUGGAAAUAUGAAGACUGUCGUGGUACUCACAAUCCUCAUCAUUGGCUGCAAAGGUCUGUCAGAGGCUUACCAUUCAGAAGAAGAAGACGAUGAUUUAGCAAAUUAUCCAUUAGAUGCGUACCAACAAGGCAGUUCUUUCCACAAACCAUCAUACGGUUCACAAAGUGUCAGUGGGUCACAGGGACCACCAGGACCGCCAGGACCACCAGGACCCCCUGGAAGGCCAGGAACGGAUGGAAAACCAGGACAUCAAGGAAGACCGGGCAGUCCAGGAAGGCAGGGAGGCCCUGGUCGCCCAGGGAGAGAUGGAAAACCGGGGCAUCCAGGAAAGCAAGGAAGACCAGGUCACCCAGGCAAGCCAGGACGACCAGGUCCGGAUGGUAGACCGGGUAGACCAGGAGAGCAAGGCAGGCCAGGAGCACAAGGCAGACCAGGUGAACCGGGCAGACCAGGAGCCCCAGGAUCUCCAGGCCAACAAGGUGGUUCAGGGCAACAAGGUUAUUACAAACCAGCAUACUAGUGUAUGCCACUAAAUGGACCAACAAACAAGCCUUUGAUAGGCCUUUUGUACUUUUUAGUAGAUUUAUUGACAAGAAUGUAACAAAAUAACAUCUACAUCAAUCAACGUUUUGUUAUGCUGCAAAUCCUACUGACCUGACAAGGAGGGGCGGCGCUAGAAAUAUUUUUAGGGGGUGUCUAGUGCCAGGUUGCCGAAUAGGGUUUUUCUAGUUCACAUCAAAUAAAAACACUCUCCGAGUUCACAACUGAAGGACCCCUCUCCUUGGUUAAUUAAUUUUUGAAAAUCUGCCUUCGUUUCAAUGAACGUCAUUCAAGGUUCAAUAUUAUUGUAUUUGUGGUUCUUGGAUAAAUUUGCGAAUAUUAGUGUGAAUUACUGAAACCUCCAUCCCAAUUUUGUGGUACUAGCAGCAGUCUAAAGUAACUUCCUUAUAAAGAAAUUAGACAUUAAGUUAUAUACUUUCGUUUGACAUCAUCAUGAGCUCAGUAAUGAUAAAGUAAGGGUAUAGAGGAAUGCAAGACCGUAUGCAGAAAAUCUCCAGAAUGAAGCAAUCGUCAAAAUCGUCUUUAGAGGUAGGCUUUCCUUAAGAUGCUGCCUCUGAUAAAGCGCCCCUUAGACAAGAGCAUCACAAAUCUUUCCUCAUUUCAUCAUUAAAGAGAAAAGGUACCAUAUUCACUGAGAUAGCAUUAGCCUUUGUAGAGGUCGCAGAUUUUUUCGACAGGAGCAAAAAACAAGCACACGCACACAGUAUAGUUAUUACCAUGGUUUUAGAAGAGGGGAGCUCAGGGGGACUAGGCCCCUUUCUACUUUUCGAAGGGGGGCUGUGCCUCCCCCCUUUUAAUGGGUAAUUCUAAAGUAUCACGGCUAAUUUCUGCCAGAAUCAAAUCUUUGAUUGAACCGAUAUUAACCGAUAAAACAAAGGGUCUUAAUAAUUUUUGGGGGAGCAUGAGCUCACCCAAGUACAACAGUAACUACCGUCCUGACCAAGUUAAAUCUCGUACGGACACACUGCCUCUAUGGCUGAAAGACUAUUAGUUCAAUUAAUUUGAAAUUUUAGUUGAGCAUCGUCAGCGGUUACACUGCAGGGAGAACAGAAAAGCUGCCUGUUCUUUUCUACCGCUGCAAAUAGCAAAUCCUUUAAGUAGUUGUUAAGGAUCAUCUGAUGGAUAAUUUUCAAAAUUUUGCUCGG